AUGGGGCCGGAAGAGAACCACCUCCCGGCCGCCCGCAAGGCCUUCGACGCCUUCUUCUCCCGCUAUCCGUACUGCUACGGCUACUGGAAGAAGUACGCGGACAUGGAGCGGCGCGGGGGCUGCGCGCGCCGCGCCGAGCAGGUGUUCGAGCGCGGCCUCCAGUCCAUCCCGCUCUCCAUGGACCUCUGGAUCCACUACAUCUCCUUCCUGCAGAGCACCCUGGAUCCCGGCGAUCCCGAAUCCGUGCAAAAGAUCCGCGGCGUGUUCGAGGCGGCCGUGGCGGCGGCCGGCAUGGAUUUCCGCUCGGAUCGCCUCUGGGAGCUCUACGUGGAGUGGGAGCGGGCGCAGGGCGAGCUGCGCGCCGUCACCGCGCUCUUCGACCGCCUGCUCUCCAUGCCCACGCAGCUCUACAGCCACCACUGGGAGAGGUUCAAGGAGCACGUGCUGCACAACCCGCCCCGGGACAUCCUGACCCCYGAGGAGCUGCUGUGGCUCCGCUCCAAGCUGGCCGCGGAGCCGCUUCCGAAGGAGCCGGAGCCGGGAGCCGCGGAGGCUCCGCCGGGAGAGGAGCGGCCCGCGGAGGCCGCGGAGGCGGCGGAGGCCGCGGAGGCGCAGGCCGAGCCGGACGAGGAGCAGAUCCGGGAGCUCGUCAUCUCCAUGCGGCAGCAGAUCCACGCGCAGAACGAGGCCGAGGUCGGCAAGCGCUGGAAUUUCGAGGAGGGGAUCAAGCGGCCCUACUUCCACGUGAAGCCGCUGGAGCGGGCGCAGCUCCGCAACUGGCGCGACUACCUGGACUACGAGCUGGCGGCCGGCUCGCACGAGCGCAUCAUCGUGCUCUUCGAGCGCUGCGUCAUCGCCUGCGCCCUCUACGAGGAGUUCUGGGUCAAGUACACGCGCUACCUGGAGCGCCACACGGUCGCCGGCGCCCGCAGCGUCUUCCAGAGGGCCUGCGGCUACCACCUGCCCCGCAAGCCCAACAUCCACCUGCUGUGGGCCGCCUUCGAGGAGAAGCAAGGUGAGAGCCCCGAAACGGCCCCAAACCGGCCCGAAACGCACCCAGAAACCCCCAAAACACCCCAAAAUACCCCCAAAGCACCCCAAAAUGUUCCAAAAUGCUCCCAAAAUACCCCUGAAGUGCCCUGCAAGCCCAACAUCCACCUGCUGUGGGCCGCCUCUGAGGAGAAGCAAGGUGAGAGCCCUGAAAACGGCCCAAAACACCCCAAAAUACCCCUGGAGCACCCCAAAAUGCCCCCAAACGCUGCCGAAAUACCCCUGAAAUGCCCCCAAAAUGCCCAACGUGCACCUGCUGCCCUGCUGCGCGAGGCCGCGGCCUCCACGCCCGCGCCGCCCCUCGCCUCCUUCUACGCCGUCAAGCUGGCGCGCCAGGUGCUCAAGGUGCAGAAGAACCUCAUCAAGGCGCGCAAGGUGCUCGUCGAGGCCCUCGACCGCGACCCGGAGAACGCGCGGCUCUACGCCAACCUGCUGGAGAUGGAGUGCGGCGCCGACGUGCGGCAGAACGAGGGCAACGCCAUGAGCUGCUUCGAGCGGGCGCUGCGCAGCGGCCUCCCCGACGAGGCCAAGGUCGUCUUCUCGCAGCGGCGCGUCGAGUUCCUCGAGGACUUCGGCUCCAGCAUCCACAGCCUCCUCACGGCCUACGACGAGCACCAGAAGUUCCUCAAGCAGCGCGCGGCGCGCAAGAGGCCGCCCGAGAACGGCGGCGCCGAGGAGCCCGACGACAAGCGGCCGCGGCCGGACGAGGCCGCCGGCCUCCUCGCCGGCCUCCCCGCGGGCAGCGACGCCUACAGCUACUGGUACCAGCAGAACUACUACGGCUACCAGGCGCCCUGGGGCUACGGCCACUACUACGCGCAGAGCUGAGGCYGGAGC